AGACGUCGAGGGCAGCCGGCCCAGUGCGCGCGGCGUCUUACCUCCCAGUCUUGGAAAUCAGCUGCCAGGGUGGGGCCGGGUUUUGGCCACGUCCAAUAGGUCACCCCUACCGCUCCGGCUUCUCCCAAGAGAUUUUUCUAGCGGGUUAAUUUCCUGUCUGGGUAAAUCCUUUGGUGAGUCCCUCGUCCCUCCCUCCCCUCUCCAUCCCUGCUGUCCCGGCUCCCCCAGUCGGUCAGCGCUGCGCUCCGUCGCCCCCGCGCGCCCGGGCGCACGCCCUCCCCGCCCGGGCCGCCCUCCGGCUCCCCGCGCCCGGCAGCCAGUGCCUCGCCGCGACGCGCCGCCCCGCGCCGCCCCGCGCCAGGGCUCGCUCCGAGAGCCGCGUCCGUGUCGCCUCGGCCCGCGCGGACCCCCCGGCCAUGCGCCCCCGCGCCGCCCCCCGCGCUCCAGCCUGCGCCGCCGCGGCGCUCGGUCUCUGCAACCUCCUGCUGCUGCUCGCGCCCGGGCACGCGUGCCCCGCGGGCUGCGCCUGCACGGACCCGCACACUGUGGACUGCCGCGACCGCGGGCUGCCCAGCGUGCCCGACCCCUUCCCCCUGGACGUGCGCAAGCUGCUUGUGGCCGGCAACCGCAUCCAGCGGAUUCCCGAGGACUUCUUCAUCUUCUACGGCGACCUGGUCUACCUGGACUUCAGGAACAACUCGCUGGGCUCGCUGGAGGAGGGCACGUUCAGCGGCUCGGCCAAGCUCGUGUUCCUCGACCUCAGUUACAACAACCUGACCCAGCUGGGCGCCGGCGCCUUCCGCUCGGCCGGGAGGCUGGUGAAGCUUAGCCUGGCUAACAACAACCUGGCGGGCGUGCACGAGGCCGCCUUCGAGACCCUGGAGUCGCUGCAGGUGCUGGAGCUCAACGACAACAACCUACGCAGCCUCAGCGUGGCCGCCCUGGCCGCCCUGCCCGCGCUGCGCUCCCUGCGUCUGGACGGGAACCCCUGGCUCUGUGACUGUGACUUCGCCCACCUCUUCUCCUGGAUCCAGGAGAACGCAUCCAAACUGCCCAAAGGCCUUGAUGAAAUCCAGUGCUCCCUGCCCAUGGAGAGCAGGAGGAUAUCCCUGCGCGAGCUGUCGGAGGCCAGCUUCAGCGAGUGUAGGUUCAGCCUGUCGCUCACAGACCUCUUCAUCAUCAUCUUCUCCGGCGUGGCUGUGUCCAUUGCGGCCAUCAUCUCCAGCUUCUUCCUGGCCACCAUGGUGCAGUGCUUCCAGAGGUGUGCACCCAACAAAGAUGCGGAGGAUGAAGAGGAGGAUGAGGAUGACUGAGCCACCUCCUCCCUCCCACUCCUUCCUCUCCAGCACGGAACCGGAAGCCCUCUCCAAGCAGAGAGGAAAAUGCUGAAAACGGAAAAGCACUGGCCACUGUCUGUGAAUGGAACGAAGCCUGUUCCAUAUCUUGGCCCCUGGGUGCACCUGCUGGGACCAUCAAUCUCAGAGUUUAGAAUCAGCAGAGCAGAGUAGCCCGGGAAAGAUGGAGGGAAUUCUUCCUGGAGCAUAACCUGCCUCUCAGACUGAGGUGUGUGCUGUGGGAGAAGAUGACCGAGUCAGUUUCAUAGCUGAUGGGUAAAAGCCUCCUCCAGGAGAUACGAAGACUUGCAACUUUCAAUGGGAAAGAUGAUUUUGUGCCGUUCUUUUUCUGACCUGUACCAGGAGAUCAUGAAGCAUCUACCUUUUUCCCAAGAAGCAGCAACUCAACCAGUGGAGAUUCAAAUUCGGAUCAUUCACCACAAGAGUGAGAACUUUGCUCUUAAUAUAAUGGGCCUCAGCGACCUUGGGAUAUGAUAUUAUACUGAGAACUAAUAAACUCGUGUGCAAUAGACUCAAUGUUGAUGUGCCCCCCGAAUUUCUAUGUGGAAAGCUAAUCCCCAGUGGGAUGGUAUUUGGAGGUGGUGCUUUUGGGAGGUGAUUAGAUGUAGCUGAGUUCAUGAGGAUGGGGCCCACAUGAUGGGAUUAGUGCCCUCAUGAAAGUUGGCCCCAGAGAGCUCCUUCACCCCUCUAACUCUUGAGGAUGCAGCAAGAAAUCAGCCACCUAUGAAUCAGAAACAGGCCCUCACCAGAACCCAACCACGCUGGCACCAAGAUCUCAGGCUUCCAGCCUCCAGAAUUGGGAGAAAUAAAUAAAUAUCUGUUGUUUGUAAGCCA